CCACCUUCUGUCUAGGCAGAUCUCUGCAAGGAGAGGUUGUGUCUUCAUUCUUUCCGCCAUCUUCGUUCUUUCCGCCAUCUUCGUUCUUUCUCACUGACCGAGACUCAGCCGGUCGUGAUGCAGGCGCCAUGGGCCGGUAAUCGUGGCUGGGCUGGAACGAGGGAGGAAGUGAGAGAUAUGAGUGAGCAUGUAACAAGAUCCCAAUCCUUAGAAAGAGGAAAUGACCAAGAGUCUUCCCAGCCAGUUGGACCUGUGAUUGUCCAGCAGCCCACUGAGGAAAAACGUCAAGAAGAGGAACCACCAACUGAUAAUCAGGGUAUUGCACCUAGUGGGGAGAUCAAAAAUGAAGGAGCAUCUGCUGUUCAAGGGCCUGAUGUGGAAGCUUUUCAACAGGAACUGGCUCUGCUUAAGAUAGAGGAUGCACCUGGAGAUGGUCCUGAUGUCAGGGAGGGGACUCUGCCCACUUUUGAUCCCACUAAAGUGCUGGAAGCAGGUGAAGGGCAACUAUAGGUUUAAACCAAGACAAAUGAAGACUGAAACCAAGAAUAUUGUUCUUAUGCUGGAAAUUUGACUGUUAACAUUCUCUUAAUAAAGUUUUACAGUUUUCUGCAAA